AUGGGGAAUGUAAGCAGCAAUGUUAGCAAAAGCCCAGUGGUUGCUAGGUCGAACUCAAGUGCGCCGGGAGUGCUGAGAUUAUACAAUUUGGGAGAUCAUAUAUUUCCAUACAAAGUCUCUCAUGGAACAGAGGUCUAUCCAAGCAUUCAUCUGGCAACAAAGAUUAACGAGGUCGAAAGGCUGAUUUCAAAACAUCUCUUGCUGUCACCAAGGCUGGAGGAGAUCACAAGCAGGGAGGUGGAUAUAUACUACAACAUCGUGAAUAGAGACAGCAUUGCUGAUGAUAUUCUGGCAAAAAGCGAUCAAACAACGCCACUGCACUACAAUGCGGCGGAGGAUGGCAACCAAAUGUAUAUGUGCAGGCAGUUUGUUGUUGAGCUGACAGAGGAAAUAGCCGAUGCCAAAGAUCUUCGAAUCCUGCAGGCAUGCUGCAACUAUUUAACAAGGAUUCCCAGGCAAAUUGGGGCUCUUAUCAAUCUCAAGGUCCUUGUUCUCUCAAAAAAUAGGAUCAGGAGUCUUCCUGAUGACAUUGGCCUGCUGAGGAGCCUGAAAGAGCUCAAUCUGUCUCAGAACAUGCUGUCUGAUCUUCCAAGAGGAACAUCUUCCCUUAAAAUACUGAAUGCACUUCACAUAGAUAAUAACAUGUUCACUGUUUUGCCAACAGUGAUUGGAAGGCUUCACGGGCUGAAGUAUUUGAAUGUUUCUAACAACAGGAUUCAAAGCAUCCCGCUUGAAAUUCUGAAGCUUCCGUUUUUGAUAGAGCUGAUGAGCAGUUCAUGUGACUUUGAUGCCAGAGACAUUGUUGAAUGUGUUGGAAGCCCCACUCUCAAAGAAACAUGCUCCAGGCAUUUGAUAAGAAACAAUUUGAAUGUGUACAGAGACAUCGAUGGGCCACUGGCAAGAUACAUUUUGUCGGUGCAGGAGUGUUCAUUCUGUGGAGGGCCGUUCUUUGAGCAAUACUAUCUGCAUAGGAGCAUGCAAGUGUUUGACUCUGAAAGGCUUCCUGUUGUAUACAAGAUUUGUUCGAGACACUAUAGCAAGCACGAGGACAGGAUUGCAGCUUUAUUCCUGGGACCCUUGAGAACAUAUCCAGAAAGACUUAUAAGAGAAAACAUGCCGUUUGUGAGUGAGCUGUUUAAUUCGUUUGGAUACAGCACAGAGCAGACGAGCGUUCUUGAACAAGGAUUGAACAACACCAGCUCAAUCACAAUGCCUCUUAUUUGCCUUUCAAGACGCAAAGAUCAUCAGCAAGAAGAUAUUAUUGAAUAG